UCUGGCAACUUAAUUUCUCAUGAUAUAAAUCUAUAUAAAAAAAUAUUUUCUAGAAAGAAAAAGUGCAUUUCUCAAUUCUUAUAUAUAUAUAGAUUUAAAAUAUGCACCCAAAAGAAAAAAAAACACCGCAAUUUUGGAAGCGAUUUUGGUUCACAAAUUGGGCAGUCAGAGAGUUAAACAAUAUUUAUACUUGUGUUUUUGGCUUGAUAAUUUUGUUUCAAAUUUUAUCUCACAUGAUUAGAAAAGUAAACACAUUGCACUCAUUUUUUUGUUUAAAAAUAAUGGUUCAUUGUAUAGACUUUAAUAGCUGGCUAUCAUAAUACGAAUGAAUUUUCUUUAGUAUAAGUAUUCAGUUUCGUGCAUUAAAACUUUCUUCAUAAAUUUGUAAUUACUUGUAAUCUGAUAAUAAGACAGUUUAAAUGUAUCGUAAUUGUCAUAUAUAUCAAGUUUCGUAAAUUUUUAUACAGUCAAACUUUGAUAAAGCCAAACUGAAAACAGCUGUUAAACAUUUCAAGUAAAUCAAAAUUCACUUUAUUGAAACAAAGUUAAUAAUUUCUUUGUAUUUUGUUAUUCAGUUCAACUUAUUGAAGUUCUACUGUAUAUCACAUAUUUUAAAUUUAUUUUUAUACAUUGGAAUAUUUCUGAAGAUUAUUAAGACUUGUUGAGAAAAAUCUCAUGAAGUAUGAAAUAUAGUUAGAGGUAAUUAGAACUUAUAGAAAAUAAAAUUUAAGCUUACUCAUUAAAACUCUUCUGAUCUUAGAAUAUUAUGGGGUCAGAAUUUAAUAUUUACUUGUAUCCUUUCUAUGCAAUAAUAUACUGAGUAUGUACUUUGUAUGAAAUUUCAUAGAUUACAGUAUUUUUACUAGCAUUAACAAUUCAGCAAAAUGUGUUAUUUUAAUAACCAUAUUCUUAUUAAACUGUUAUUUUGAUAUUUUCUGAAUGUAUCUUUUGCAUAUCAUACAGCUGGACUUUUGUUACUACUGUCUACUAUGAAAUAAAAAAUGGAUUAAAUAUAAAAAUUUAUUCAUCUGUUCAUAUAUAAAUAGCAUAUUAAUUACUUUUUAUUUGAAUCAGUCAAGCAAUUUAUUUAAUUAUAUGCGCUCUGAAUGUGAGACAUUGCUGUGUAAUUUUGAUUCUGAUAGGCUUGGAAAAUAAAAGUUUAAAAUACGAUUUUGCAUUCUCUUAAAAUCACAGUUUACUUUUACAUUCACUUAAUGUAUAGCAUGGAUGCAACAAAGUACCGCAGGACGCCGCCAUUUUAUUUUAGAAAUUGAAAGUUACGGUUCCGUUCGAAUUUUAAAAUAAUAAUGAAUAAUAUGCGAAAUUCCUGUUUCCUAAUCGUUGGACAGCGCUCAAUUUUACCUCAUCUCUCUUCAAAGGUUUAAUUGGUUAUGAAAUUCACCUCGUAGCUGGUACCUGAAAUUAAUUAAAUGCAUAGGACUUUCGGGUUUUGUGGUGCUGAGAUGAGAAUUUAAUUAUAAUUACGAAAAGAAAACUGCUUUAGAAUUGUAUCCUCACACUUUUUAAUCCAUUAUAUUUAAUUAUUGCACUGACAAAUUUUUAAAUAUUUAACUAAUUAAUACUAAAAUGAAUUUUUAUUAUAUUUCUAUUACUUACAAGUGUAAGAAUGGCAACAGUUCAUUUUGAAAGCAGAAAGGAUCGUUGUUAGCAGACAACAAUUUAGACACCGAUAACAGUUUUUCCUUUAUUCGCACUUCAGUUAUCAGGAAUUUUUGAUUGCUUAAAUUCUGAUUUCAAAAAUUCCAAAAUUAUUUACUUCUCUGCUUUCGAAAAGUUAUUUCUUAAUGAAUUUGUAUGCACAUGUAUGCCGAUUAGCCCUUUCCUUCUUUCUAAUUGAAAAUGAAUUAUAAUUUAUGCUUUGAAGAUAUUAAAGUUAACUGGAACAAUGAGGAUUGAUUUCAGGGCUAAUGUGGCAAAAUUCUUAUUGAAGAAUAAAAUCUGAUAUUGUACAUUUAAAAUAUCAACCAAUGUGAAGCUAAACAAAAAAGUUCAUUUCUUGAAAUUCCUUUCUGGUAAAAAAAUGACUCCUCUUCAAAUGUUUGGCCUUGUUUUUUGUGGAAUCACCAUUAUCUGGGUUACAAUGCAAGUUGCAUUAUUUAAUACUUGUGUUAAGUCAACAAAGUUCAUUCCUACAAAUAUUCAAGGCCUUUGUCAAAAAGAACAGAAUUUCCUUCUUCUGCGCAUCUUUGAUCUAGUAAAAAAUGAACCUCAAUGUACCAAAUUAUUAAGAAUUUUACAGAAAACUGUUAAUGGAUAUGAAAGCAGACCAGUAAUAUAUAUUAUCACUCCUACAUAUGCAAGACCUGUACAGAAAGCUGAACUAACAAAGAUGUCUCAUACACUUUUAUUGGUAUCCAAUAUUCAUUGGAUAAUUGUUGAAGAUUCUGUGAAUAAAACAGCAUUGGUAACAAAUUUUUUGGCAAAGACAAGAAUAUCUUUUACUCAUUUGAACAUACCUACCCCUGAAGCAAUGAAAAUGAAAAAAGAAGAUCCAAACUGGCUGAAACCCAAGGGUGUGCUUCAACGUAAUUUGGCUUUGAAUUGGCUGCGAAGACACAUGCCUCCUGAAGCAAAAGGCGUGGUUUAUUUUGCAGAUGAUGAUAAUACAUAUGAUUUAGAGCUUUUUGAAGAAAUGAGAUAUACAAAAAUGGUAUCUGUUUGGCCAGUUGGAUUAGUAGGUGGUCUGAUGGUGGAAAGACCAUUAGUGAAAGAUGGUAAAGUUAUUGGUUGGAAUACAGUGUGGAAACCUACCCGACCUUUUCCCAUUGACAUGGCUGGAUUUGCUGUGAAUCUCACUUUAAUACUUAACCAUCCAGAAGCAGGAUUUAGUCUUUCUGUUCCUCGAGGUUAUCAGGAAAGCAAACUCUUGAAAAGUCUAGUCACUCUUGAUCAACUUGAACCAAAAGCAAACAACUGUACAAAGGUUUUGGUAUGGCAUACCAGAACUGAAUAUCCAAAGUUAAAGCAAGAAUUGAAACUACCAGUACCCUCUAAUCAGGAUAUAGAAGUUUGAAGAGUUUAAAAUGUAUCCAUUGUUUAAAAAAUUACUUACAUAUCCUGAUGUCCCAGAAAUGUGCCAAUGCUAUUUUGUUCAUCUGUACAUAACAAAUUGUUAUGAUUUUGUUACAAUUAUUUUAUUAUUUAUUUAUAUAUGUUUUUUCCACUAAUAUUUAAAUAAAUCAUUUCAGUAAAAUA